AUGGAAUUAGGGUCUGCAAGACAACGGCAUUCUGCCAGCUAAAAAAAUCAACAUGGGUUUUCUGUGGCUUUUCAUAGGCUUAGCCCUAAUUCAUAGUGGAUACGGAUGUGGGAUUCCAUCUAUUAAACCCUCUAUCAGUAAUUAUAACAGAAUUGUUAACGGAGAGAAUGCUGUGCCUGGAUCCUGGCCUUGGCAAGUCUCCCUGCAGGAUGGAUCUGGGUUUCACUUUUGCGGUGGUUCACUCAUUAAUCAAUAUUGGGUAGUCACGGCGGCACACUGCAAUGUCAGUCCCAGUCGUCAUUUGGUCGUUUUGGGAGAAUAUGACCGUAACUCUAAUUCAGAACCUAUCCAAGUUAAAUAUAUUGCUAAGGCCAUAACUCAUCCGAACUGGAAUCGUAACACAUUCAACAACGAUAUAACAUUACUAAAGCUCUCCACUCUUGCAACCCUGAACUCCAUUGUAUCUCCUGUGUGCCUGGCUGCUUCAAGCGAUGUUCUGCCAAGUGGAAUAGUUUGUGUUACUACUGGGUGGGGACGCACAAGUGGAGCAAGUAAUACAACACCUGCAAGGCUGCAGCAAGUCGCGCUUCCAUUGGUAACCGUAAACCAGUGCAAGCAGUACUGGGGAAGUCAGAUCACAGAAACUAUGAUCUGUGCAGGAGCUUCUGGAGUCUCUUCUUGCCAGGGUGAUUCUGGAGGACCAUUGGUUUGUCAAAAGGGAUCUGCAUGGACUCUCAUUGGCAUUGUCUCCUGGGGAACUAGUAACUGCAAUGUGUACGCUCCAGCAAUGUAUGCCCGUGUCACGCACCUCAGAAGCUGGAUUGACCAAACUGUGGCCCGGAAUUAAAGAAUUAACCAAUGAUAACAUUUCCCUCAUAAAACAACCCUGGUUUUAUUCAGUUCUCAGUUCAGUAAAUAAACUGAUUACAUAUGAAA